UGUUGCCUCCUCCUCCUCUUCCUCCUCCACCACCAGCACCAUCAUCAUCAUCGUCCUCCUCCUCAUCAUCAUCAUUUCGCUGCUGCAGCGCUGCUUCAAAACGCACGCACUCCACGUUGAACUUCUUGCUCUGACGCUGCGGAUUCUUCUUCUGUAUUUUUGCCUUGUUUAUAUCCUGUGGCAUCUUUUUUCGAUAUUGAGCAGGACGUCGUUGCAAUCAUUUGACUUUCCUCGCUCGCGCAGUUUGGACACAGACGUUUUCACUCUCUGGGAGCAAGGUGUCUCCAGAGUGUGAGCGCACGACAGCAGGUUCCCAUCAGGAGCUCCUCAUCCAUUUUCAACAUUUUUUCCAACUUGGGCCAACAGACAAACAUUAGCAUGAUGUCGUAUCUAAAGCAACCACCUUACACAGUCAAUGGCCUCAGCUUAACCACUUCCGGAAUGGACCUUUUACAUCCGUCCGUGGGUUAUCCAGCGACGCCGAGAAAGCAAAGACGAGAGAGGACUACUUUUACGCGCGCGCAGCUUGACGUCUUGGAGGCGUUGUUCGCCAAAACGAGAUAUCCGGACAUCUUCAUGCGCGAAGAGGUGGCUCUCAAAAUCAAUCUACCGGAGUCCCGUGUACAGGUGUGGUUCAAGAACCGACGGGCCAAGUGUCGCCAGCAGCAACAGCAGCAGCAGAACGGAGGGCAAAACAAGGCACGACCGACCAAAAAGAAAAGCUCCCCCAGCCGCGAAGUGAGCUCCGAGAGCGGCGCCAGCGGCCAGUUCACUCCCCCCAGCAGCACCACCACGGUCCCGGCCAUCUCCAGCAGCACGGCGCCGGUGUCCAUCUGGAGCCCGGCCUCCAUCUCGCCGCUCUCCGACCCGCUGUCUACCUCGUCGUCGUGCAUGCAGAGGUCGUACCCCAUGACCUACACGCAGGCCUCCGGCUACGGCCAGGGCUACGCCGGCUCCACGUCCUACUUCGGCGGCAUGGACUGCGGCUCUUACCUCACCCCCAUGCACCACCAGCUAUCCGGCCCCGGUUCGACGCUUAGUCCGAUGAGCACGAACGCGGUGACGGGCCACCUCAAUCAGUCCCCGGCGUCCCUGUCCACGCAGGGCUACGGCACGUCCGGCCUGGGCUUCAAUUCCACGGCGGAUUGCCUGGAUUAUAAAGACCAAGCUGCGUCGUGGAAGCUGAAUUUCAAUGCCGAUUGCUUGGAUUAUAAGGAUCAGACCUCCUCGUGGAAAUUCCAGGUCCUGUGAACACACUGCGACAGGCCCUCAAUAAAACUUGGAGGGACGUUUUGGGCAUAACCCCCUCUUAGAGGAGCGGUUUAAUUUAUUUUAGCACUGGCAAAGAGAUUUUCUUGACUUUUCCCACUCACCUGUAGCCCCCCUUGGUCCACUCCCAACCAUCCAUGUUUAUCGAUGCGCCAUGCACUCACCUGUUGAGGACAAGUGAACCGCAGUUACACACGCAAGGCCACGGAAGUAGAACCCUGGACUCCGAACCUCCUUUAAUUAAAGCUUCUUUGUUCCGCAACGAUGAGGAUGCCGCGUGGACAUGGAUGCACUACUUUAUUUAAGGAAAAAAAAGUGUUUAUAAAGAAUCAAUAUGUAGUUUCUAAGAGACAAUCAGUGUGUGUCUUAUAUAAAUGGUAUGUGCUUUUUUAUUAUUAUUAUUUUAUUUUCAUCUGUGCUAGCCUUCGAAACUGUGAUCUGUUGUAUUGUAUGCAAUUUGUGAGCCCCUUCUCGCAUCACGAACCUGUUUUCUUUUUCUGGAGGGGGAGCGCACGCUAAUGAUUAAAUGAGACUUUCCAAGUGGUAGUGAAGGGUUAGACGCACUCACACACAUACAUUCGUACACAAGGCUCCUCUCCACCGGAUCUCAACAUGAUGCGAGUCCGGUACUGGCUCCAAAGAUGCUGUGACCUCCCUGCUGAAGGAAAAACAUGGAAAAUAACAAUAAAACGCAUAAGGUCAUGUGAGCUUUGAAUUCAUAGACGAUCUUUGAUUGUGUGUGUGUUGACGUGUGGGCGCAUGCAAAUAUCAUUUGGGCUGUAGAACGACAAAAAUAGAUGAAUUUCCAAUAUGAUCUAAAAAAAAAUUAAUAAAUACAUAAAUAAAUCAAAUGUUUAAAAAAAACAGUUAAAACUAUUAAGAUGUUAAAUAGAGGGAUAAAUAAAACUCAAAUUGUUUAAUUACUAUAUAUAGGAGGGUCAUUCAAUAUAUAAGGUGAAUAUUUGGGUAUAAGGACUUCUAAAACAGAUACCUUUUUAUUUUAUUUUUUACACUGAAAAAAAUAAAUGGUGGAUUAAUU